GCGACAUCGAUAGCGCAUUGCUAACUGAAUUGAAUAGCCGUCUAAGUUCUGAAGAUAAAUAUUGGCAGCCGUUUAUAGGUUAUGUUUUGUUGUAGUUGAUUAAAUUAUAAUAACUUCAUAUUGGAAUGAAUUAGGCUACGAGUGUCACUGUCAUAGCAUUGGAAAGUCAACAGUUUUGUUCUUCGUAAAGAAAAUGUUUAAUAUUUGUUCUUUAAACACACAAAAUAUUUGACAAUUUUGUGUAAUCAAAUUACACAAAAUUUCUUCGUAAUUUAAACCGAUUGAUACAUUUAUUUUUAGAGGGAUGGAUGACCAGGUGUGCCCACGAUGCAAGACCACCAAGUAUCGCAAUCCUUCUCUCAAAUUAAUGGUCAACGUAUGUGGACAUGCACUUUGUGAGAGUUGUGUAGAUCUUCUAUUCUUAAAAGGCUCAGGAAGCUGCCCUGAAUGCAGUGUACCGCUAAAGAGAAGCAAUUUCCGAGUCCAGCUAUUUGAAGAUGCAGUUGUAGAGAAAGAAGUUGACAUCCGUAAGAGAGUGCUAAGAGAUUUCAAUAAGAAAGAGGAUGACUUUGCCACACUUCGAGAUUAUAAUGAUUACCUAGAAGAAAUUGAGUGUAUAAUUUUUAAUUUGUGCAACAAUAUAGAUGUUGUUGAGACAAAUAAACGAAUUGAACAGUAUAAAAAAGAAAACAAAGAUAUUAUCCUAAAGAACAAAAUUAAAAUUGGAAAAGAGGAAUUGGAGUUGGAGGAAUUGUUAGAAGAAGAGAAACAAGUUGAUGAACUUAGGAAAAGAGAGCUCAUAAAAGAAGAACAGGAGAUAAAGAAAAAGAAGCUUAAGGAUAAAGAAGCUUUAAUUGACGAAUUGAUGUUUUCAAAUGCUGACGCAAAGCAUAUUUUAAGUACAUUUGCGCAGAAUACAAUCGCAGCUAAGGAAGAAGAAAAACCUCUUGCACCAAAGGCAAGUCAAUUUUCAACUGGUAUUAAGUUUGGCAGGCAAAGUGCUGGGUUUACAAUGUUACCAAAGAUAGAAGAAGCACCUCCUUACGUAUACAUUCCUGCCACAGUACAACUGGAGGGUCCAGGCGUUCCUCAAUGGAGUGAACUGUCAAACGGUUUUAUAGAUAAUACGAGAGCAGAAGGUCUGGACCAGCGAGCAGGAGGUUUCACAGCAAAGUAUGCAUGUAUGCGUGCUCUACAGGAUUCACUAGACGGACUGUUCUUGACACCUAACUCUAGUAAGACAUAGCAUACACAGGCCAGUGAUCUUGUUUAACAACCUUUGUUCUAACCAAAUGACAAGACCAAUAUUGUAAAUAUGUUGUUAUUAUUUUAUUUUGGAAUUUGUAUUUAUUUAUGUAGUUUUCUAAUAAAAAAAUUAGCAAAUUGUUUGAUUUCUA